AUGCUGCCCGUAAUAUCCAAAACUCUAAAAACCCUCGCCAAUCGUAGAAUACUAAACAGCCAAACUAUUAGUCGACAAACGUUUGACGAUUUUACAGUGGCUCAUUUCACAACGUGUAUUUCCUUAAUGAAGAGAACACGAUCAACUUCGAAGGCACUUUCAGCCGAAGAAAGAAAGCUUGAUGAUUCCGAUACAGAUGAACUAAAAACUAAAUCCAAGAACAUGAAGCAGCAUUCAUUGAUAGAAAAAAAGAAUUUUAAAAAUCAAGUACUUUCUAAUACAACAGAAACAUUGAAAUCGCUUGAUCAAAAUCUGGAACAGAAGCAAACAAAUAAACUGAACUUUAAAAGUUUGAGAGAUAGAAAUAAAAAAGAUAAUGCAGAACUUCAACCAAAUAUAUCUCAUCCACCAAAGAAUAAACUUAGAGCAGUGGUGGAUCUUAAAAUGAUGAAAGAAGAAUUAAAACAAUUGGAGGAUCCACCAUUGACUCCAUGGGAAAAAGAAAUAUGCUCAAAUAGACUGCCGUAUUCAUUUUUUGAUUGUCCUUGUGAAGAAUUAGCACAAAAUUUAUUAGGAAAGAUACUAGUUCGCUAUCUAGAAAAUGGAACUAUUCUAAAAGGAAGAAUUGUUGAAACAGAAGGAUAUUUAGGAAUAAUUGACAAAGCAUCACAUACAUAUCAAAAUAAAGUUACACCUCGUAAUAUACCAAUGUAUAUGUUACCGGGUACUAUAUAUGUAUAUAUGACAUAUGGAAUGUAUCAUUGUUUCAACAUAUCUAGUCAAGGUGAAGGGUCUGCUGUUUUAAUAAGGGCUGUUGAACCCUUAGAAGGUAUUGAAUACAUGAUUAAUCAACGAACUUCGAAGGGAUUAUCAAGUGCACCUAAAAAGCCUUUAAAAGGUUUAAAAGAACAUGAAUUAUGUAAUGGCCCAUCAAAGUUAUGUAUGGCAUUCCAGCUUCAUAAAAAUCAUAGUAAAUAUUCCAUGUGCUCUUGGAAAGGUUUAUGGAUUGAGAAUGGUGAAAUGGAGGAAUUCAAUAUUGUCAAAUGUCGUAGAAUAGGAAUCGAUAAUUAUGGAGAAGAAUGGACAAAUAAACCACUAAGGUAUUAUAUUUAUGGAAAUAAAGCUGUGAGUAAACGAAAUAAAGAAGCAGAACGACAUCUGGAACUGACUUAAAUUAUAAUUGAUAUGAAAUAUUUCGAAAUUGUUCAAUUUUUUUAAAAUUUUAAAUUAAUUAAUAUUCUUCAAUGUAAUUUAACACAUUACAAAUAUUUAUAGUAUAUACAUAUAAGUUGAAGCAUACAAAAUCGUGAAAUGUGUAAUCUAUAUUAUUUAAAAAUUACUUAAAUUUUUCAUUUCUUAAAGUGAGUUAUAA